AUGUGGAAGGAGUCCGGCAACACGUGCAUGAGCCUGGUGUCCAGUAUGAUCCCCGAGGCGAAAGCCUUCACGAUCACAAAAGGGCUCUUCUCCGGGUCCAGAGUCGGCACCGACCGCGUUGCGAGCGGGAGGCACACAUCGACGAUGUUCUCCGCCAAGAUGGCGGAGGCGGCGAUGAGCUUCAGCGGCAGCAGGGUGCGUGAAUUUUCGAUGCACCCAUUUGUCGUCGAGGAUGAUUCAUGGUCCCCGCGCAGGUUUCCUGCCUCGCGGACGAGGCGGCGACGGAGAUGA